AUGUUGGCAGCUGUUACGAAGAGCUUCACGCAAGUCGCUCGUGCAGUUAAAAUACAUCGUGUACCUCUUCCGAGUGUACAGACUUUCCUUUUCUCUACUGAGACAUUAGAAAAGUCAAGUACUGAACCAUUAAAGCGCACGAAGCUUAAGAUCCCGACCAAACGUGCGGCGUCACUACUACAGCAAUUGGAAGCAGAGGCUGUGGCGAAAGCUUCGGUUGGAAAGAAUAUUGAGAAUUUUAAACCUGGUGACUCAGUAGAGGUGCAAUACUUAUUGAGCCGUACAGGAGGACGAGUACAGCGUGUUAAGGGCGUUGUAUUGGCGCGACGAAACCGUGGCACAGGCAGUUCCUUUGUCAUUCGCAACCACAUUGGCGGUUUUGGUUACGAGCAGAAGAUUUUCCUGCACUCGCCGUUAUUGCAGAGCGUCAAGGUGUUGCAGGAGGCCUUCAUUCACAAAGGCAAGAAGCGCGUUCGUCGUGCAAAGCUUUUUUAUCUGCGUGAGAAGGCACCGAGCUUUACGACUGUCUAG